AUGGACCCCGCCCCAAACAUCACUGCUUUAGACGGUGUUCACACAGAGGAGGCUCCGUGUCCUGCUCCUCACCCCGUCACCCCCUCUGCUCCUCACCCCGUCACCCCCUCUGCUCCUCACCCCGUCACCCCCUCUGCUCCUCACCCCGUCACCCCCUCUGCUCCUCACCCCGUCACCCCCUCUGCUCCUCACCCCGUCACCCCUUCUGCUCCUCACCCCGUCACUCCCUCUGCUCCUCAGUUCACCCUCCUCCCGCUGCAGGAGGCGGAUGGGAGCACCACCCUCGUCAACCAUCAGAAACAUAACAUUAUUAUCGGUCCUCACCCCGGUCCUCCCCCCGGUCCUCAGAUCUGUCUCCCACAUCCUCACUGCGCAGAGGACCCACCCAAAUGA